AUGCGUCCUCUUAUCCCUUCCAUUCGGAAUCUGUAUAUAUCUGCCUAUAAAUCCAUUGUCAAGAAAUGGCGACACAUGAAAAAGAAAUCAUGCUCAGCUCCACAAGAGGAAGCCAUAGUUGACCAAUUUCAAGACAAUGAUGUGAUUUUUGAGGAAGUGGAUGAGGAUACAGAAAAGAAAACCAUGCAUGGAUUGCACAGCUUUAGAUGCAUUAGCCUGCAAAGAAUGCGACGCCAUGAUCCAUCAAGCCCUAGAGGUCUCAAAAGCGUGGACUGCAUCUUUAACGUGUCUUCUCCUCGUUUCUCAAAGAGCUCAAGCCCAAAGAGUCGCAUCCCUUCACCCUCCCUCAAGAAAACUAAGAGCCGGAAAAGCUGGCCCGAUUCUGCGGUGCCCUCUCCGGCAACCCCCACUACGCCGGGGUGUACUACUAAAAGCUCAGACUGCACGCCCGCCCAUCCCUUUCUCUCAAAAAGUGAGAGCCGGAAGAGCCCCGCCCCCAUCAUGUUUUCUAACUCAUCUGGGAUGUUGAAACCCCCAGCCAUUGAGAAGCAGCUUGAGUGCACCUUAGAGGAGCUGUGCUUUGGAUGCCAGAAGAAGAUGAAGGUCACAAGGGCUAUCGUCAAAGACACCGGGCAAUUGGCUCAAGAAGAUGAAUUGGUAACAAUACAAGUGGAGCCAGGAUGGAAGAAAGGAACAAAGAUUACAUUUGAAGGAUUGGGAACUGAGAGACCAGGUGCAUACCCAGCAGACAUAAUCUUUGUGAUUUCUGAAAAACGACACCCUUUGUUCAGAAGAGAAGGAGAUGACUUGGAGUUGGCACUAGAGAUUCCAUUGGUGGAGGCUCUCACUGGCUGCAUCAUCUCAAUCCCUCUGCUGGGUGGAGACCAGAUGAAGCUGACGAUCGACGACAUCAUAUAUCCUGGCUAUGAAAAGAUCAUAUCCGGCCAAGGCAUGGCAGUCUCUAAAGAUGAAGGAAAGAGAGGAAACUUGAAGGUCACGUUUCUGGUUGAUUUUCCGACCGCCCUCACCCAUGAACAACGAUUGGAUGUUCAAACCAUUUUAGAGGAUUAUGAUUGAUCUUCAGUGAUUGUAGUCUUUUUUGCCCCUUUCAUUGUUUUCAUAGUACAGAUGGAAUCCAAUGCUUCAUUUGUAUAAUAUAGGUAGAAGCUUUUGUAAGACAACCCGGUGUUUAUAUAUUGAAGAGUUUUAGCGCAGAACUAGGCGUAA